AUGGCCUCGAUCAAGGCCAAUUGUCGUAAGGCCGUCUGCAUUGGCAGAAAUUAUGCUGACCACAUCGCUGAAUUGUCAUCAGCUCGUCCUUCGCAGCCUUUCUUCUUCCUCAAACCCGCCUCGUCUAUCCUCUUACCCCAAAAGGGUCCUAUAGUGCGCCCUCGCGGAGUCAAUGUACACCAUGAAGUCGAACUGGGUUUGGUUAUCGGCGAGACAUCUACCCCGCUGAAAAACUUGCGAGCCUCCGAUUCCAAAAUCAUCGACUCACUUAGAUGCUACUUCCUCGGCAUUGACCUGACAGCGAGGAAUGUCCAAGACGAGGCAAAGAAAAAAGGUCUCCCGUGGACCAUCGCAAAAGGCUUCGAUACCUUCCUGCCAAUCAGUCAUGAGAUCCCUGUCGACCGUAUACCUGACCCCCACAAUGUUCUCCUGUGGCUGAGUGUCAAUGGCGAAAUGAGGCAAAAAGACAACACCAAUCUCAUGUUGUUCAACAUCCCUAGAAUGCUAAGUGACAUCAGCAAGGUCAUGACUCUUGAGGAGGGUGACAUAGUACUGACGGGCACCCCGAAAGGUGUUGGGCCACUCAAAGGCGGAGAUCUCGUUAAGUGUGGAUUAGAAGCGGAUGGACGAGAAGUGGUUGAAGCAAGAAUUGAAGUGGAGGUGGUGGACGAUGAAUCCGAAUACGGGUAUGAAUUCAAGGAGACUUGA